CAAUUUGUCAUUUAGGAAGAUUGAUUUUGGAGGUUUAAUACUUUGAUCGUUAAAAAUGUACCAAAGAAGAACUGGCCAAUAUUUAGACGUUCUUAUAACCUUUUUGGCCCCGUGGCUUAAAAAUCCACUCCAAUGCCAUUGACAGAUCUCACUUCAGUAAAAUUGGUUAGUUCACCAGUCAAUAAAGUAAUGGGAAAAUAUCCGUCGAGGACACCAGAAGAAGAAGAAGGCUCCUGAUCUCCAAAUUCUUGCACUUCUAUUGGGCAGUUUGCUACGAACGUAACAUUAAGCCAAUAUGAGAACAACAACUGUGGGUCGAGCAGCUGUGUAAGUUGUGGUGCGACGUAAAUAUAACGUAAAUAGAAGAUGUGGAAGAUUACGAGGUGUACCUGAAUCAUGGAGUACGAAAAAUACAGGAGUUCAAAGAAACUCCGGACGAUGACCGAAAAAUUGAUGUGCUUGGUGAGGUGUUCAAGAAGAACUUCGGACUAGUGAAGACAUCUUCUCUGAAGUUGGAUAUAGUGUUUCUCAUCGAUGCUUCCUCUAGUGUAGGUGAGAGUAACUUUCAAAGUGAGUUGAAGUUUGUGAAAAAGGUUCUCAGCGAUGUUACGGUUGAUGCAAAUCAUACAAGAAUAGCAGUUGUUUCGUUCAGUUCUCCCAAUAAUGUGAUUAAAAAUAUUGACGGAAUCAGCACAACCACAGAAGAUAAUAACAAAUGUAAGCUACUGAAUCAAGACCUCAAAAAAGUAAGCUACAAAGGAGGACAAACGUUUACACUAGGUGCAUUUGAAGUAGCUAAGGACGUAUUCGUUUCAUCGACAAGAUCUGACUCUCAGAAAAUAUUAUUUUUAAUAACUGAUGGAUACUCGAAUGGAGGUGACCCCACACCACUAGCCAAAGAACUGAAGAUACAAAAUAUAACCAUUUUCACCAUUGGCAUCCAAAAUGGAAAUUAUAAAGAAUUAUUUGAAAUAUCUUCACCACCUGGACAAUUUCACAGUUAUCUAUUGGAUAGUUUCUCGGAUUUCGAAAGCCUGGCUAGGAAAGCUUUGCACGCAGAUCUAACAAGCGGUGUCUAUAUACCAACCGGUAACUAUAAACUCUGUGAUUAUUUAUGUAAGACUGGGCACUGCUGUGAUAUAAACGCAAUCUGUACUUGCGGAACAUCUACUGGACAUUAUACGUGCUUAUGCCAACAAGGAUUUUAUGGUUCUGGAUUGAGGAACUCGUGUUUUCCAUGUGAGUCAGGAACUUAUUCCGAAGUGCCGAAUGAAUGUUUACCAUGCCCAGAUCCUAACCACAUGACAAGCUACCCAGCAUUUAGUGCUGAUGACUGUAAAUGUAAACCAGGAUAUCUGUCCAAAGAAGGAGGUUGUGAAGAGAUAAUUUGUCCAGAUUUUGAAAUGCCACAAAACAGCUAUUUGGUAGAUAGUAGCAACUGUUCAAACAAAGUCAACAGUAUUUGCGAAAUCCGAUGCGAAGUAGGCUAUGAUUUAAUAGGGGAGAGUAGGCAAGUUUGCCAAAGUGAUGGUAUGUGGAGUUAUACUGGAAUAAUAUGCAAAGCGCAGAAAUGCCCAAAACUGGAACCGCCAAAAGAUGGUACAUUGAACUGCGUCGACUCGAAUACAGGGUUAGUUCAGAUUGUCGAUAAAGAAGAUACAGAUGUACCCAUAGACAUCACUUGUAGUGUUGGCUGUAAAAAUGGGAGAAUUCUCAUUGGAUCGGAAAAACGAACUUGCAUUCCACCUGGAAAAUGGGACGGAAUAAAAAGCUCAUGUAAACAUAUAAAAUGCGACAAACUACCUCAAAUUAAAUAUGCUGUUAUUGAACCCAUGUCCUGUUUGAAUGGUAAACAGGAAGUGGGAAAGGUGUGCAAAAUAUCGUGCGAAAAAGGCUUCAAGAUAAGAGGGCCGUCAGAAAAACGGUGUAUUGGCGGAUAUGGACAAUGGGAUAGCAAUUUUUCUGAAUCGGUUUGCAUUGAUAUUGAACCUCCAAAAAUUGUUUGUCCUGAUAACAUAAUAGGAACAACUUUGCCUGGAAAAAGAUUUGGACAUGUAUUCUGGAAAGAACCGCUGGUGCCAGAUAACUCUGGUCUGAAUGUUUCUUUAUGGUUGAAACCAGCGAUUCCAAACAUUGCAAGUUUUAAGUUCGAGAUUGGAUCCACGUUAGUAUCUUAUUACGCACAAGAUGCAUUUCAAAACAGGGCUCACUGCUCUUUCAAAGUAAUAAUAAAAGACGAGGAACCUCCCAGUAUAGAAGGGUGCAUUGAUCCUCCACCAUUCUUGGUAUCGCAAAGCGAAGGUGUGAACAUUACUUGGGAUGAACCUCACAUCUUUGACAACUCGCAAAAAGUUCAGGUGAAGAAAUCGCGGAACUUUGGAUAUUUCAAUAAAGGUACAACAACUGUAGUAUAUGUUGCUAAAGAUCCCUCACAUAACCGAAACAUCUGCAAACUUAACAUCACAGUUGAAGGUAAUGCACACAAUGAUAGAUGUUUAUGGUUACUCAUUUUCAACUGUAAAUUCUCCAGAAUCUUCAUGCGAGACUCUAGCUGAUCCAGCAAAUGGAGUAAAUGAUUGCACAGCUGAUGGUCAACGCAUGCGAUGUAUUGUUACUUGUGAUGAAGGCUAUGGUAUACCGAUAGGGCAACCAGAAGAAGUAAGCGAUGGCGCAGAUAACAAGUUUAUAUGUGAAAAUAGUGAUCUCUCGAUGUACCCUGAUGACGAUCCUCUGUAUCCAGAGUGCACAGUAUCGUUAAUUCCUGACGAUGAACUUGGGAAGGGAGAAAUAACGUUGGACGUUGACAAUUGUAAUGAUAAAGCAGAAUUGAAUGAGAUGAUUAAGAAAGUAGCACUGUCACUUAACGGUUAUUGUGCAGGGGGCUGUGAAAUUGAUUCAUUGUAUCCAAACUGCGAUGAAGAAGCUAUUAUAAGCAAAGUGUCUAAGCGUAGUACCAGCUAUCAGCCGGUCCCACACAGGAACAAAAAACAAAAAGGAAAAUUGAAUGUGAAGUUUCAAGUACGAGGAAGAUAUUUCAACGAUAAAAGGAAUUUAUCGUUAACGUUACCGGAAGGAUACAAUGCCACUAUUAGACAUUUCGAGAAGAAGUUUAUAUGCCCAAAGGGAUUUGCUCCAAGAAAAAGUCGUUGUGUACAAUGCCCCAAAGGAACAUUCUUAAACGUAACUAGAAACAAAUGUCAAAGCUGCGAUUUUGGUCAGUUUAAUGACAAGCUUGGACAAGAGUCAUGUGUUGUUUGUCCACUGCAUCAUUCGACGAUGAAAAUGCAUGCGAAGAAGUUUGCAGACUGUAAAGAGGAGUGUCCUCCAGGUAGUCAUGCUCGGAAGAAGCGUUUCCGACCAUCAAAGUCUGGGCCAAAUGAAGCGAUAGAGCGGCUCACACUGCAACCCAAUUGUCGUUCAUGUGCCAUUGGCUUCUAUCAAUCGGAAUAUGGACAGCUUAGAUGCACAGCAUGUCCACCUGGAUACACCACUUUAGCGGUCGGUACCAGGUAUCGUAGCCACUGCGUGGCCACAGCCAAGGAAAUGUGCAAAGUGAACGGUAUAUGUGGCUACGGGGUUUGUAUAGAAACAAACGAGUAUCAAUAUUCCUGCAACUGUUUCCAAAACUAUAUUGGUACGAAUUGUGAGACAAGAGUAAACUACUGCGCGUCUAAUCCAUGUUAUAAUGGCGGAACAUGUUCUAAUGAAGACAAAGGAUUCAAAUGCAUGUGCAGAUACAAAUUCAGAGGAAAAUACUGCGAGGAAGAAGAUAACUGCAGCAGAAUUUGCUCAAAUAACGGAAAAUGUGUGAAGGAUGAUAGUGGUAGUCCAAUAUGCAUAUGUGCACCAGGUUACACUGGAAAAGCCUGCGAAAACAAAAUAAAGCACUGCAAGACUGGACUGUGUGCUAACAACAGUACAUGUGUGGAAGAACAUGAUACAUUCAAAUGUAUGUGUGUGUCUGGAUUUGUCGGCAGAAGAUGUAACUUAUUACCAUGCGAUUUUCGACCAUGCGGUAAUAAAAAACGUUGCAUUAAUUUGAUAGGAAAUGGCUCUAGUACGCAUAAUUAUAGAUGUGAUUGUCAAGAAGGAUAUACUGGCGACGAUUGUAGUGAACUAGUUGAUGGCUGUAAAAGUUCCCCUUGCCUUAAUGGAGGCGUAUGCGUCAAUUACAUAUUUGAUUACGUAUGUGACUGUCAUGGUUUGUACACUGGACGGAACUGCGAAAUUAAAAAAAGUACAGAUUACGUCUUGAGCUUUGAGCAAUAUGAGAUUCACAAUUACGUGAAGUUGGAUGGGUUCAGAGGAAAUAUUUCAGAGGUAACUGCCUGUAUGUGGAUGUAUACUCCAGACAAUUUCAACUAUGGUACGUUGAUUUCCUACGCCAACAGAAAGUUUGACAAUGCAUUUACACUCACAGAUUAUACAGGGUUGGUUAUUUACAUUAACAAUAACUAUGUAGUGACAGAUGUUUUACUAAAUGAUGCUCUGUGGCAUCAUAUCUGCGUCUCAUGGGCAAGUGAGAAAGGAUCCUAUAAAGUUUUCCUUGAAGGAAAUCUGGUUAAAUCUGGUGACAAUCUUUCUGCAGGAACUAUUAUUGAAGGACUAGGAAGCUUGAUCAUCGGUCAAGAACAGGAUGUUAUGGGUGGCAGAUUCAGUCAGUCAGAAACAUUUAUUGGUAAAAUGGCAUACGUCGAUGUUUGGUCGAAAGUCCUAAAUCACAAAGAGAUUCAGAAACACUUCAAUGAUUGCAACGAUUCCAUUUUUGGAAAUAUCUAUCCAUGGCCAAAAAUGCAGGAUCACAUCAAAGGCAGCAUCAAGAAAGAAAACUCAACAUUUUGCUUGAGAUGUCCACGCCCAAAAGAAGUUCCAAAUGGAUAUGCAAAUGUGUUGGAUAAUGCCGUUUACUACAGUUGCCGCAAGGGAUUUCAGCUCAACUCAGCAAUAUAUUCUGAAGGAAGGCGGUGUACAAAGGCUUCCAAAUGGGAAGAUAGCUUGGAGCCAUAUUGCACAAGGAUAUACUGUGGUUAUCCGGGCGAUAUCAGAAACGGCUACCCUUUAGGAAACAGAUUCUACUUCCAGGAUAAAGUGACGUACAGAUGCUACGAUGGCUUCAGUAUGAUCGGAGAUGCAACUGUUACAUGUAUGGACGACAACAAAUGGUAUUCAUCCAGACCAAAAUGCAUAGGAACGCAGUGCCCCGCAUUUCGGAAGCCGGCUCACAGCGAGAUAGAGAUUUUUUCGGAUGUGAGUUAUGAGAAUUACAACGAAAAUGUUACUUUCGAUGAGGGUACCCAGAUUGAAUUCACUUGCAAUGCGAAGACGAAUAUGAGUGGACAGAGUAUCAUGACUUGUUUAGAAGACGGUUCAUGGGAUUUCGAGCCUCCAAAAUGCAUACCAGAGAGAUUAGAGCCCACAUGCCCAGUGAACAAGAUACCGCCACCUCCAGCGAAUGGAAUCGUCGUUCAGGAGUCCGUAUAUGCCGUUGGAAAUGGUAGUACGAAUGCUGUAGAAUACAAGUGCAACCAAGGGUACCGAUUGCAGGGAACCAAUAUGACAACCUGUAUUACUGACGGAUAUUGGACUGUGCCAAAUAUGACCUGUGAGGCAAUUGAAUGUGAGAAGCCUCAGGUUCCCAAAAACGUUGUGUUGACAGAUGAACAAAAGAUGUCGAUUACAUUCAAAUUUGGUCAUGUACUUAAUCUCAAAUGUGAAGAUGGAUUUACGAUAUUUGGUAAUGGGAGCAUAAAAUGUCUGAUUACCGGUAAAUGGACAAGAAUGCAAGGAAGAUGUAUUAGGAAGUCUUGUAGAAAGCCGAACGUGCGUUCCAAAACUAUAGUACAAGGAAAAUCGUACCUAUUCGGAGAUAAAGUCAACAUUAAGUGCAGUAGCGGAUCAAGUUAUGUCCUAACGUGUAACAAGCAAGGAAUUUGGGAAGGCAAUAAGGACAGCACCUGCUAACUGUUCAGAUUUUUCUCUAAAGUACCAGGCGUAAAACUUAUGAAGCUUGACCACAGGUCAAAUUUGUAUAGUAAUAGUUCCAAAUGUUCCCGCGGGCGCAAACCCCUGAAAUGAUUUCUAUUAGAGAUACAAGGUGUCAAAGAUUAGCCCCUGAGGGUACGCCUGCCUACAAGAUUUUACAAAAACUAAUUCGUGUUUAAUGUGUGCCCAGGAUACAAUAUAAUAAAAUCACGUGAACAUAUACAUUCUAUAUAUUCAAAUUAGACUCUCACCAUUGAGAUUUCGGAAACAAAAAUAUACAUCGUCGCGUCGAUUCACUGGGGGCAAAGUUGAGCAGUCAGGUAACUAGGAAACUAAAACUUAGAAAAUUUCGUAGUUCACUAUAUUUCUGAAAGAGGCGAGGUAUUUGACAAGUGAUUUCGAAAUAAAUUGCAUAUUAACAUUGCUACUUUUUCUUGUCUGAAAGGUGGCAUAAUUAGAAUUUUAAUAUGACAUUUCGUCUCUUGUCCUCAAUAAUCAACUUUAUUUUUUAUUAUGGAUGUCAUUUUAGAUUUUUACAUAGGUAAAUAAUUCAUAAUAAUUUAUUAUUAAAAUCGCAGAUAAAGAGUGUUCGCCUACGCCUAGUUCAUAAAAAUUGGAGGAAUGCUAGGAUGAUGAUAUUAUGAAACAAAUCACUAUCUUAAAAUUUCAAAACCAACUUGGAAGAUUAUGUGUUUGAAUGAACUAAGGUAUGGUAAUGUCAAUAUAUAACAUAUAAAUUAUUGAAAACAGAAUUAUAAACCAUGUAAGAAUCCUAUACGAUGUCCGACAGAAAAAAUAAAGUUCAUGAUUGAGUACAAGAGACGAAACGUCAUAUUGAAAUUCUAAUUAUGUCACAUUGUGGAGGAGAAGAAGUGGCAAUGUUAAUAAACUUUUUAUUUUGCAAUCUCAUCUCAAAUAAAUCCAAGAAAAAAUAAAAACUAUUUUGAGAAAAUUCGGUUUUUUUGUCGUAUCCAGAGGAGCCAAGUCACUAAUCUUUGACACUCUGCAUCUCAAAUAGAAAGCAUUCCUGGGCUCUGCGCCCAUUGAAACAUUUAUCAACAUAAAUUAUCUCUGCACAAAAUUUUAUUAAACUUCACCAGUGGCCAAAUUCCAUAUGUUUUGUACCUGUUACUUUUAGAGAUUAAUUAUUACUGCAAGUCCCAUAAGAAAUAAAGUUCUACACCUACAUCUGGAAAACUAAUUUAAUCUUUCGCACCUAGGUCAAAAAAGGACAAAUAAAUUACAGUUAAGCUAACCAAGGGCUAAUCUUGUGCGGAUCUUAAUUAUCUCUACAGUUUUAAGUUACAUGUUUCGAUUUAUUAUAAAAAUGAUGAACGAUUAUAUAUAACAAACUGUUCAGUAUCGUUUAUUUAAAAUCUUAAUCGAUUUUUCUCACAAAUACAAAAUAUGUGUUGCUUGUAUCUACAAAUUCUAUCCCAGUUGAUAAUGUAAAGUAGCUUCGUACAUAGUACUUUACUACUUAGCAACAAGUAAGUACUGAAUAAGCAAUCUGCCACCUACCCUUUUUAGACGAACCAAAAUACUAACAGUGAUGAUUAAAUAAACAUAAAUUACAUUCAAACCAUAUGUAUACAGGGUGUUUUCAAAGUUGAGUCAUUUAUUUUAACUGCUUGUAGG